GCAGCUUCCUGAGGAACACAACAAAACAGUCCCAGAAAUACCCUAAGAGGCUUCACAUCACAGCGAUUUUUAAGUUGUAUAUCAUUUUUCUGUUCCUCUCCUGAGUCAGGACAACCUGAAGCACAGCUCAGCACAGGGAGAAGCUCACAGGAGUAUCCCCAGCAUCUCCUGGGCUGUUUUGGUUUCUGAGGAUUUUACUAGGAAUGACACAACUGCUCUUUCACAUCUCUUCCCUGCUAUAAACAAUUCCAUACAAAGCCUUUCACAGAAAGAAAUGUUUUUAAUGCAAACACACUAAAAGCAGGAAAAGAGUGUCAGUACAGAAACUGAUUGGAAAUGAUUAAUGAGGCAGUAAUUCGCCUGAGGAGCAUUAAGAGGCUGUGAGCAAUUCAGAUAAGCACAAGGCACGUGCCAGCCAGGGAGCAUCACUCGUGACAGCAGAGACAAAGCACAGCCAGGAUCAGGGCCUGGCUGAAAACUCUGUCAGUGGGGAGGACAACAAAAAUCUAUUUUUCCAUCACAAAAAACACAGACAAAUCACCUUCCUUCCUUAACAACCCUCCCAAACCAAAUCAGUCUAGGAUUCCAUGACUCUUGGAAAUGAGGGUUAAAGAAUAAUCAUCCCCAGAGGAAGGAAGAUUUCAAAGCCUUGACAUUAGGCAGGUGCUAAUUUAGGAGGGCAGUUGAUGACUGAAUGGUUUCUCAUGAAGGGUGUAAUGAGGAGGUGGAAAAGUCACAAGGAGAGAAAUAAAGGCAAGUUCCACUUUCUCAUCUCAGAAUAUUAAUGUUGCUUCUGUUUUCUCAUGGUGAGUGAGGGUGUAAUCAUCUGGUGUCUGCCCAACCUCGUGUCUCUGGGAACUGCACGUUUAGAGAUGCUUUCAGUUUUGCCCACACUUUUCCCAAAGAAGUGAUAACUCUCCUUGAACCUCCUUGAAAGCCCCAAACUUGCUGUGUCCAUGCCCAGCCUGAACCCGAACUGGUUUUUUCCCCCCUGAUGCAGCUCCUUGGCUCUGGGAAGGGCAGAAGAAAAGGCCCCUGGGCAUCUCAGAGCGUGUUUGCUUCCUCCUUGGGCUGGAAGUGAUGCUGCUUUUCCACCUCAUCCCACCUCACUCGUGGGCUACGGGGCCUUAGGGUAUUUCUGACAUUCCUCAGAAGGGGAAGGAUGACAUCUUCUCUGCAGGGAAGCCCAGUCAGCAAGAUUUGGGUGAAAGGAACCCCAGGCAGGUGGGAGCAAACUAUAUAAAGCAAACCCAGUUGCUGCAGGGCGCUGCAAGCCAGCAGGGCUUUGCCAAGAGCUGUCAGAAGGAUGAAGUCUGUCCUCGGCCUCUCCGUGCUGUUUGUGUGGGGCCUGUCCCCAGCCCAGGGGAGCCUCUUGCAGCUGCACCAGAUGAUCUCAGAGGCGACAGGGAAAAACGCUUUUCUGCAUUACGGCUUCUACGGCUGCUACUGCGGCCUGGGGGGCAAGGGGCAGCCCAAGGAUGCCACAGACAGAUGCUGCCAGCUGCACGAUACUUGCUACCAAAACCUCCUGGAGCAUGGCUGCAAUGCCAAGACACGGAGCUACUGCUACAGCUGGCACCAGGGCAGGCUCUCCUGCAGGCCUGGCUCUCGGUGCUCCUACUUGUCCUGUGAGUGUGACCGCAGCCUGGCGCUGUGCCUGAGGAGAAACAUCAGCAGCUACAGGAAAGGCUAUCAAUUCUUCCCCCAAAUCCGGUGCUACUGAUGGGAGCUGGGAUGUGGGGAUGGGGA